AUGGUGGACUCGGAAACCGAAAAGGUCGCCGAGACCAGAAUGACGUGGAACCACAAUGCCGACAAGCACCUCAUCGGCUGCGUCGUUGAUGAGAUUGUUCCCGGCGAGGAGACCUACAGAAACCUUGCAGCGCGCAUGAACACGUUGGGUUAUGGCUGUACACCCAAGGCCGUGAAGCAGCACCUCCAGAAGCUCCGCCGGAAGGAAGGCGUUUCCGCUGCGGUCGCCUCUGACAGCGGCGCUAACACGUCCACCCCGACCAAGGGCCGCAAGCGCGCUGCUCCCGGCAGCGGCGUCAAGAAGACUCCCGGCACCGGUCGCGGCAAGAAGGCCGCUGCUGCCAAGACUGCUCCCUUGGUGAUCAACUCGGACGACGAGGAUGACAUCAAGGAGUCUCCGGAGAAGAAGCUCAAGACGGAGGAGAGCAAGGUGAAGGAGGAGUAUGAUGAUGGCGUCGACGACUACAUGUACCCUAACGAGAUUUAAUCUCUGCUGGGUUGGAUGUCGUCCGUCGCGGCUGCGAUGGUUCGUGGAUUUUGACCAUGAACUGCUUGCUGCCGUCUAGCUCGACCCCAAACAACCAUCGGAACCAUUUGCAGGAAGUCCCCGUUAACUUUUGACUUUGACUAUCGACAAUGGAUCUGAAGGUCACGGGCGUGAGUUACAUGGAUGGACAGACGGUAGUCUUCUCGCCUCUUCUUCACUCAACAACACAUCUGCAUACGACUCACGGAAGAUUUCAUGGACGUGGACAUAGACUGGACUCUAACGGACUUUUCGUAUUUUCGCUGGUUGGCAUGGACAUUUGAUGGACAUGGUUGGUAACAGAUACCACGAUACUUGGCUUUACAACACAUUCGACAUCUCUGGAGCACUUUCACCUCUACUUUCGGCUUUCGUUUUUAUAGCAUGGAGUUGGAAGGAAAAGGAUUAGCAGGCGCAAAGGAUUUGUUGCUGGGUCUGGUCUGGUCUGGUGGCGUUUGGCAUUAAGCAUCCUUCGGGAUUUUGCUGGCUUAUGGAAUGGAAAUGGUUUAUGGUCUAGUCUGGUCUUCUGGUAUGGACAGAUGGUUCUUCGUUCACAGUAUUGCAGGACUCAUGGAUGGGAUAGCUUUGAUAGUACCUCGACAGGUGAGGUGUUGAGGAUCGAAUCACUGAUGCUUUCCCUCU